UCACACCGUAACUCAGCUGUCCGAUAUCCUAAAAUCACAUGGAAUUCAACAGCAGCAGCUUUAUCCGUCUGACCCUUGUUGUAUGGAAAACCAGUGUCCUCGUGGACGCUCUCCGACAGAUGCUGCAUCGGCCCAGGGUCCUGGAGACGGUACAGUGAACCCAGCUGAAGAUGCCGGCCCCCCCUCCCCCACCACCUCCUCCGCCUACCCUUGCAGUGGCCAAUACAGAGAAGCCUGCUCUCAGCAAAUCUGAACUGUCUGGAAGAGGUGCUUUAUUGUCAGAUAUCAACAAAGGCAGAAAGCUUAAGAAAGCGGUUACCAAUGACCGAAGUCAACCAGUUCUGGACAAACCAAAAACAUCUCCUGGAGGUGGUGGUGGUGGUGGUGGUGGAGGUCUGGGAGGAGGUGGAGGUGGUGGUGGUGGCGGAGGUGGGGGAUUUGGAGGACCUCCAGGAUUAGGGGGCUUGUUUCAAGGAGGGAUGCCAAAAUUACGGUCUUCAGGAAGCCGGGAAAAUGAAUCACCUGGAAACAGACCACCAAUCUUUCCACCUGGUGGUGGGAGAAUACCAUCUGCCAGACCUUUCACUCCACCAAGCAGCUCUCCGAGAGGACCUCCACCUACAAUAGGAAUAAGGGGUCCUGCUCCUGAACCUCAAAGAAACCGAAUGCCUCUACCUCCCAGGAAUGAUUUUAAUUCUAGGUCAGAAAAUGUUCCACCUGCAGUACCCAAUACACCUAGACCAAUUAGCUCAAGUCUUCACAACCGAGGACCUCCACCAGUACCUUCUGCAAAUAGGCACGUUAACUCACCACCUGUUGUUCCAUCUGUGUCAUCUAAUAAAGUGCAUAGCUUUGUCGGAAACAGCAGACAAUCUCCAUCCGUGCCUCCACCAAUUCCAUCCAUGAAUAGACCAUCACUUCCGCAAACGCCUAGUAGACCAGUGGAUGAUAGACCACCUCCUCCUCCUACAGGAAACCGACCACCUCUUUCCAGAGAUUUCCCCCCUCCUCCACCACCUCAAAACAAUAAGCCACCUGUUCCCAACACACCUAGACCGAAUUCAGCUUCCCAGACACCGCCUUUACCUCCUGGGAGGCCUGGGCCUCCUCCUUUACCACCAACCCCUUCUAACUUUGAUGAUAUGCCAAGACUUCCUCAAAGAAAUAUAUCUUUGACACCUUUGCCUGCUGCACCACCACCCGUUCCUCCUCCUGCACGGUCUGGACCACCACCUCCCCCACCUUCAAUGGACAGGCCACCACCACCAGUAAGAGAGCCAUCAGGAAGAUCAGGACAACUUCCUCCUCCACCUCCUCCUGCCAACAGAAAUGGAUUUGGUCACCGAGGGUCCAUGGGCCUUCUGUCCCCUUCAAGACCUGGAAUAGAAUCCCCUAGAAGUGGAGCCAGACCCCCACCACCUCCAGAAAGGCCUGGCCUGGGACCUCUGCCUCCUCCUCCACCUUCAUCAAUGAGAAAUGGUUUCCAAGACUCAUAUGGUGAAGAUGAAUGGGAGCGGAGGUUUUCGUUUCAUCCGUUUUCCGAUCUGCCACCACCAGAGCCCUUUGUACCAUCAAAUAAAACCUAUCCUAGUAAAAUUGUGAGGGGCGAAAGUCGAGGUGGCUCUACCAGAAAAGAGAGAGGUGCUCCCCCUUUGCCUCCAAUACCCAGGUGAAGCAGAUCUUCAACCGCCAAAGAUGCCUGUACAGAUCAGAGAAGGAACAUUUAGCUUUUAUUUGAUGCUCUUGUCGGAAUUUUUGUCAGGAAAAGACCACAUGGGACCAUGUGGGUGGCUGUGUAUGGACCAUACAGCGUACAGGUGCAUUGUACUAUCAGGUGAAGCUUGUUACCCACCGCCGACCGCGCUGAUUGUGCCGUUAUCCUGAGCAAAAGCAGCUGGGGAGAAUGUACCCAAGAAAAAAAGGAAAAAAAAACAUGAUGUCACGUGACUGUGAUGGAAAGUGGAUCGGUAUGGGCUUUACUAAGAUCUUACAAACUUCAGGAAAGACUUUACCGUUGGUAGACAUUCAGCACCAGCAUAAACGCAUUCGAAGGGGCUGAAUCCGUAAUAUAUUUUGGCUACGUAAAUUUUAUCCUAAUGGUAAACAUCACUCGCCUAGUAAGUUGUCCUGUAUCACCAGUGCACAUACAUUCUCACCGAAUUACAUUCCUGGAGUCUGUGUAUUAGGUCACUUAUCUUUGCUGUGGGUGCUGAUGUCAUUUUGCGCUAUGUGCACGAUCCAUGAAGACAUUUGGCUUGAAGUCGCCUCUCCCGACAGGCAUGGUUUAGUAACUUCUUGCAUUCCCCAUGUAAUAACAGUUCUGGAACAUCUCUUCUUAUGACCCUUUGUUGUGCCGUUCCUCUAUUAUUCCUGCUAGAAGCUCUGAA